AUGGCAGAAAACAAGGAAAGAAAGAAGCCGCUGUGCCUUUCUCUAAAAUACAUCACCAAAAUAAAGCAGACCGCGGUGCUUGUAUUUCCUGGCUGCUGCGGCGGCAUGCUUAGCUCCUGUCUGAUCCAGCACUCCGGAAGCAGCCUGGGCUCCCUCUCGCAGGCUGAAGCAGGCUUAGUGACGUCAGGCAGUUUCCAAGGUCAGAGGGACGACUUUCACAGUGACACAGUACUCUCCAUCUUAAAUGAGCAGCGCAUUCGGGGCAUCUUAUGUGAUGUCACCAUCAUCGUGGAAGACACCAAGUUUAAAGCCCACAGCAAUGUCCUGGCCGCCUCAAGUCUUUAUUUCAAAAACAUCUUUUGGAGCCAUACGAUCUGCAUUUCCAGUCACGUCUUGGAGCUGGAUGAUCUGAAAGCUGAAGUNUUUACAGAAAUACUUAAUUAUAUCUACAGCUCUACCGUUGUGGUCAAAAGACAGGAAACCGUCACUGAUCUUGCUGCUGCAGGGAAAAAGCUGGGAAUAUCAUUCUUAGAAGACCUUAGUGACCGCAACUUCUCAAAUUCCCCAGGUCCUUACGUAGUCUGCAUUACUGAAAAGGGAGUGGUUAAAGAAGAAAAAAAUGAGAAAAGGCACGAAGAACCAGCUGUCACUAAUGGGCCAAGGAUCACAAACGCGUUUUCCAUCAUUGAGACGGAAAAUAGUAAUAACAUGUUUUCUCCCCUGGACUUGAGAGCAAGCUUCAAAAAGGUGUCUGAUUCCAUGAGGACAGCCAGCCUUUGCCAGGAGAGAGCCAGCGUCUGCCAUGAGGUAGAGCCUGUCCGCACACUUGCUGAGCACUCGUAUGCCGUCUCGUCCAUCACUGAGGCCUACAGGAGUCAGCCUCCGAGGGAACAGGACAGCAGCUCAUCUGCUAAAACAGGUAAAGAAACUGGUGAUGCUCUUGCCACAAAAGCGAAGCCAUGCCGAAAGCCAAAGCCCCAAACCCAGGAUUCUGACUCAACCACAGAAAAUAUGCCACUCUCUCUAGUAACCUGCCCAGAGGUGAAUCAAGAAAGAAGCCCACAGCCAGCUCCAGAUCUGUCACACUCAGAGCCUCCCAGCAAUGAGGGAGAUAUCCAUGUUCCCAGGGAAGAAGAAAAUCAGCCCUCUGAUGCUCCCAGUCCAGGAGCAGCAGAGGUCCCGCCCCUCGUUUAUAACUGCAGCUGUUGUUCCAAGUCCUUUGACAGCAGCACGCUGCUCAGUGCCCACAUGCAGCUCCACAAGCCAACCCAGGAGCCUUUUGUGUGCAAGUACUGCAACAAGCAGUUCACCACCCUUAACAGACUGGACCGGCACGAGCAGAUCUGCAUGAGGUCUAGCCACGUGCCCAUCCCAGGAGGAAACCAACCGUUCUUAGAAAACUACCCCACUAUUGGACAAGAUGGAAGUUCAUUCAGAAGCCCGGAAUCAUUACUACCAGAAAAUAGGAUUGGCGAACUAUCCAGCGCAGGGAGUGCCUUGUCAGACACGGACCACAUGGUGAAAUUUGUGAACGGGCAGAUGCUCUACAGCUGCAUCGUGUGCAAACGUAGUUAUGUGACUUUGUCCAGCCUCCGGCGGCAUGCAAAUGUUCACUCGUGGAGAAGAACAUACCCUUGCCAUUACUGCAACAAGGUCUUUGCGCUGGCUGAGUACAGGACACGACAUGAAAUCUGGCACACUGGAGAGAGGCGGUACCAGUGCAUUUUCUGUCUUGAAACUUUUAUGACCUACUACAUACUAAAAAACCAUCAGAAGUCUUUUCAUGCCAUAGAUCACAGACUCUCCAUCAAUAAAAAAACAGCGAAUGGAGGCUUGAAGCCUACUGUCUAUCCAUACAAACUUUACAGGCUCUUGCCUAUGAGAUGCAAGAGGGCACCUUAUAAGAGCUACCGGAAUUCUUCCUAUGUAAGUGCUCAAGGAAGCAGUCAAAGGGGUGAAUCCGCCCCUGAUACGUUCAUCGUUCCGAAUCUGCAAAGCUCUGAAAUGCCCACACUGGACUUCCAAGAUGGCAGAAACACGUUGGCCAGCAGCCCUGCCAUGCCAGUGGAAACACCUUCACGGCAGGGCGCACCCACUUCUGCCAGAGUAAAAAAUGCAGAAGGCAUCAAAUGGAGGAAGCAGGCAGUGAAAACCAAUCUUGUCGAUAACUUCGAUUCAACUGAGGUGUCAGUUUCUUCCACUGGAAACACCGUCAGCGCCACCCUACAGACAGAACCCGCAUGUGUUUCAUCUGUCGGCAAAGGCAGUGAGCACUCGGCCUCUGUGAUCAGCUACAGCGGCUCGGUGCCCUCCGUCAUUGUGCACAGCAGCCAGUUCUCGUCGGUGAUCAAGCACAGCAACGCCAUUGCUAGCCUGACCAACAGCAACCACAAGUCCCCUUCACAACCGGUGGUCAGCCCGUCCCUGAUCAAGGACAGCAAGCCCGAGACAGAGAAAGCCAGUAAACCUGCAAGCAGACCCAAAAGCACUAAGGAGAAAAAGAAAACUGUUCCGAGUAACAGGGGAGAAAUAACAGAGGAGACAAAAUAUGUUGCUGAUCACGGAGGGUCUUCAGGCAAAACCACAAACGUUGAAGAAACCAGUAAGAUUGAAACUUAUAUCGCAAAACCUGCUCUGCCCGGUACCUCCACAAAUAGCAAUGUUGCACCCCUUUGCCAAAUAACAGUGAAAAUUGGGAACGAAGCCAUCGUGAAAAGGCACAUCCUUGGGUCUAAGCUGUUUUACAAAAGAGGGAGAAAACCUAAGUAUCAAAUGCAGGAAGAGACACUGCCUCGGGAGAAUGACCCACAAACCCCUGGGGACAGCCCCCUUGGGCUUUGCCAGGCUGAAUGUGUAGAGAUGAGUGAAGCAUUUGAUGAAGUGAGUGACCAGGACUCCACUGAUAAGCCGUGGCGCCCAUACUACAACUACAAACCCAAGAAGAAAUCCAAACAGCUGAGAAAAAUGAGGAAAGUCAAAUGGAGGAAGGAACGCAGGAGCAGAAGCCCCGNCGGCCGGUACAGAUACCCAGCCGAACUGGAUCGUGCAGAGGUGAAACUGCCCCCAGAUAAGGCCUUCGAAGAAGAAGAAGAAGAAGAAGAAGAAGAGAAUAAAGAGAUGCCCAAGCUGCAGUGUGAGCUCUGUGAUGGCUGCCCUGAUGGGGCAGCAGGGGCGGGAGCCGAAGGCAAGCCCCACCAGCAUCUCACUUCGAAGCCUUACAUCUGCGAGCUCUGUGCAAAGCAGUUCCAGAGCUCCUCCACACUCAAGAUGCACAUGAGAUGCCACACUGGAGAGAAGCCNUAUCAGUGCAAGACCUGUGGGCGGUGCUUCUCGGUGCAGGGGAACCUACAGAAGCACGAGCGCAUACACCUGGGCGUGAAGGAGUUCAUCUGUCAGUAUUGUAACAAGGCAUUCACACUCAGCGCAACGCUCAAGAUCCACGAGAGAAUCCACACUGGGGAGAAGCGCUACCACUGUCAGUUCUGCUUUCAGGGUUUCUUGUAUCUCUCCACCAAACGGAACCACGAGAGGAGGCACGUCCGGGAGCAUGAUGGGAAAGGCUUUGCUUGCUUCCAGUGCCCCAAAAUAUGCAAAACAGCUGCUGCCCUCAGAAUGCACCAAAAGAAACACUUAUACAAGACCUUACCUAAGCAAGAGGAAACAGAUGACACAUGCCACGAGAACUCGGAUCUCUUGGANAGUCAGCUUUGCACUGAUUCGGAAGACAGCGACCAAAAGGAUGACAUAAAAGCCUUUGCUGAAAACGUCCUUUGAGUGACAACAACAGUUAGAAGUCUUCAAAAUUGUUUGUGAUUUUUUUUCUUUCUUUCUUUCUUUCUUUUUUUUUUUUUUGUUGUUUUUUUAGUUUUUUAAGCUUAGUUUUGUUCACAUAAUAGUCACAAAGGAUAGGGGGCGGUGUUAAUUUUCAUUUGUGUAAACUCCAAAAAAAAAGGAUCCUAACAACUAUUUUGGGUUUUAUCAUUCACUUCACACAGAAUGCGUAAAAAACAAAAUAGCUGAAUCCUCUAACGACCCUAGUAUCUUNUGAAGGCUAAUGAGUUCUUAGCUGUGGGAUUUUGAACAGUGAAAACAGCAACGGAAUUUUAGCCUAAUUUAACACUUUCCCAAGAGCACUAAUGAGGUCUGCCGAACUGUUGUUAGUCACUGGAGAGAGCAAGGGUCAGGAUCAUGAAGACAGCGUCUUCGAGACGUGCAAAACGAGCUAUGACAGUAUUUAUUGCCNUUGAGUUUCUGCACUGUUAAUCUUUGGUAAAUUAAUGGGUAUUUACAAAAUACUUAACAAUAUAACUGAAAAUAUGUAAUGGAUAACCUAAAGUAGGACAUUCACAUAUCAUCUAGAAAUACUUUCCUGCAACAUAAACCUUGUAAAAUACAUAUAUGAAUCACUGUAACUUUUAGCUGUCUAUAUGUCCCUUGUAGAGAAUCCUAACGAGCAAUAGACCUGAGAGAAUGAGGAGUGCUGUAGAAAUCAGUAGAGCACUUGGAAUCUGACUGGCGAGCAUGUGUAUGCUGCUCAAUGGGAUGCUGUGCUGUUCCCUUGAACUGUUAUUAGAACUGGUCCACUCAAGUCACACAGAACAUAGGUCAUGCCUUAUCUAUGGGGAAAGCCUUCCCAGACUUACCUGAGCUUCCCUAGGCCAUAAAUCCUCUGCAGUGGCCUCACCUCAGAGACUAAGAAUAGUCAGAUUCNUCGGAACCUCUGCCGUCUUCCAGUCCUCCCAAGGCCAUGGAUGUUGGGGGCUGCCCUAUCCAGACUUAAGGGGUCAGAUAAUCCUGAUAUCUCCCAUUCCGCUGAAUCAGCACGCAGGAGGUUGAGAGCAAGAUACACACCUCUGUGGUAAUCUAGUCUCAGGCACUUGGAAAUGGCAGAAAGCCUAAUUCCUCAAUUUUACACGUCCUUGGAGAUAAUGCAGCCCACAGGUACAUAGUGGUUAACAACAGGCUCUUGUCCCCCACUGAUAACAUGGGGACAAGGGGACCUGGUGACCUCCUNUGCCUCUAACAGCAGACCUGUUUCUGAGGGGUGGGGAGAUAGAAUAUGGAAGGACAGGNCUCUGUCCCUUACAGACAGGACUCAGAAGCAUCCACAAAGCCAGAUGCUCUGUCCUCAUGUGUGCAGACAUUAGCCCCACUUACAUUUCUAAAUAAUUUUUAUAUUAACAUGACUGUCAACAUUGCCCUCAGAAGUCUGCUUGCCCUACAAGUAUUUUUUUUCCUGUGAACUAGGAUCCUGGAAAGCUGGAACGCAAAAGAUUCUUCCUGUUAAAACUGCCAGAAUAGGAGGGAGGGGGAACACACCCUGCCCUUCCAGCCCCAGGAUGGGCAAAACUCAGAACAGUUCCAGCAGCCAUUCCUGNUCAAUGGAUUUAGUAGAUGGAAAGCCAAGGCUGGAAGGUUAUCAGAGGACUCCUGUUUCUCGCACCAAAUGUUGUGUUGUCUCCAUGAAGAAGGCUUAGUGGGGUUUGGGGUGGGCAAAAAGAAAAAAAUUAAACACCCAGAACAAACAAGGACAUGAUUCCAGGUGACCUUUUAUACUGUAGCACGUUGCUGUUAACCCCAGUAUGUAUCUGCAUUUAUCAUUUGCUCAUCUAUGUCCACCUACAUACAGUAUUAUAUACUAGAGGAGAUGGGAAACUGCAAACAAACUGAGCUUUGUUUUGUCCGUUGUAUAUAUGUACACCCACAUCAUUUGAGUUUUGUUGAGUCACAAAGGGCUUAUGAAAAUCACUUUUGAAUUAAUAACUAGAUGACAAGCAAUCCUGUGAUCCACUAAUUUGUUUUAUCUCAGUUAUAAUUAUAAAAAAUUAUGGAUUUAAGUUAUUUUGAUUUAACUACAAAUAUAAUUAUAUGUAUGGAUGUCUCCUGGCCCUUAUAUGUGGAUAUUUUUUAAGUGGACUUGUAUGCUGAUAAUUCUAGACCAAAGUAAAUAUGGCAGAAUAUUUAUACAUACAAAUAAUUUUGCAAAUAUUUUCUAUAAUUGUAUUAUUCGUUUAAAAUGUUGAUAGCUUGUGUUAGUUUCAGGGAGGGGUGUAUAUUUUGAUAAAAUACUUGACUUUGUAUUUCUGUACAUUCUAUACAAUUUAUAGAAGAGCCAUUUUAAGACAACUGGUUACGUUUUUGUUGUUGUUGACUGUAUAAAUGUUAUGAGUGNUGUUUAAGUUUGCAUCNAGUACGUAACGACCAAGUAGAACUGAAGUGUAAACAGUGGACAUACUGUAUGCCGUACGAGAUAUACUGUAACUCACUGUCUUAGCAUCUGUAUUUUGGUUAGGAAAUAUGAUUAAAUGCAGAUGUUAAGGGUUGGAAAGGUCUAAUUUUAUUUUUAGAAAUAAUGAAUAUAAAUUUGUUUUGCUUGAUUAAAAUAGCUUAUUCCUA